AGUAGCUAUUUAUCACGGGAUCCAAUCUCCCUCUACACCGCCUGUGUGGAACGAGGAAGUAAAGAUGGCGACGUCUCAGAAACUGCAAGAAAAUUUUCUCACAUGCACCAUAUGUACAGAAGUAUUUGACAAUCCAUGCACCCUUGUCUGUUAUCACACAUUCUGUCGGAAAUGUGUCGUCAACUACACCAAAACCAAACCGGAAGCUAUCAAUGCCAAGUCUCUGCUGUGUCCUUUCUGCAGCAAGAUGACGAAAGUGACCUCCCCCGAGAGACCAAUAGAUGAGUGGGCGGAUGACGUCAAACCGAGCUUUGUCAUCCAGGGACUCCUGGACUCUUUUGGACCCGGAUGUAAAGAUACAAAGAACUGCACGUGCUGUCAUCGCGAAGGGGAAAUAACUCCAGCGACUGUGUGGUGCUCGGUAUGCGAUGACGCCCUGUGUGAUGUAUGUGCUAGGGUGCACAGUCGCAUCUCAUCCACUCGUCAUCACGAUACAACUGCCCUGACUAGUGAGGCCAUUAUGCCCAGGAAACGAAACAUUAAGUGUAAAGAACACAAGGAUGAAAACAUCAAAUUCCUGUGCAAAGAUUGCAAGAAAGUCACCUGUCACACCUGUUGUGUUAUCUAUCACAGGAAAUGUGAAUCAGUUGUCACACUGGAGUCGGAAUUACCUGCAUUAAAGUCCCAGCUGUUGAAUAAGAAGGAAACUAUUUCAAAGAAGCAACUCCAAAUGGAAGUAAAAGUUGAUGCUGUUAAAGUGAACGUCGUUUCUGAAAAAGAUCGAUAUGCAAGAAUGGAACAUGACAUCAAGUCUUUUGCUAACAACGCGAGAGAAAAGAUAACUCUCAUGGAAAAUAAACUUCUAGAUGAACUGAAAGAAGUUUCUGAAAAGCAUAUUGAACAACUCACAGCCGACCUAAAGUCGGGUAAAAUGUCAGUUCAGAUGUACCGACAACAGACUGAGCUGAUAGACCAGAUUCUACAAUCUGAGUGUGACAUGGACGUGUAUGAGAUGUAUCAGGGAUGUAAGGCCGGUGAUGUGGAUGCUGUCGGAGACGUAGACUUGAAGAAGAGAAUAGCCAAGAUCAUGUUGAGACAGAACGAAGCCAUGCUGAGUAGAGCUCUGGACGAUCUACAGCUGGGUGAGAUAGAUGUCCAGUAUGACGGUAUGGUGAACUUGGAGGCAACACCUGUAUCUCAAGACACCAGUAACAUGCUGGACCUGAAGGCUGCUCCUGUGUUACAGGACACCAUUAACGUUAAGGUAGCUGGAGGCGAGAAUAAUGUAUGCCCUGCUGACUUAACAGUAUUGCUGGUGAAUGGUACAGACACAGUGGUUGUAACAGACUACAACAAUAACAGUGUGAAGUCCUUUUACACUAGGAACAAACAACGACAUCACAGCAAGCUCCAACUGGGAGGUUCACCUUGGGGUAUAACAAGGCUGAAACACAACCAGGUGGCUGUCACUGUGCCGCAUACCAGACAGAUUGUAACAGUUGAAGUGAACCCUGACCUGGUGCUGCUGUCGACCAUCACAACCAGCAAACAGUGUACCGAGAUCCUGCAAGCUGAAAAACAAAACGGUCAACCAUCCAAGGACUCUCUGUGA